AGUGUCAUAGCAUAUCUAAUACGUGAAAGAGAGGGAAGCACAUAAAACAAUAAAAUUUAGCGAUUCCACAUCUGUAAGAACUUUUUUGAACCUGAGGUUACCGCAUGCUUGCUCUUUAACUAUUAGUAUCUUACCCGUUUGAAACUUAGGUUGGCUAAUGCGACAGCCGUACAGGUUACGAUACGAAAAAAUCGUAGAAAUGAUAACAUAAAAAUGGCGACAGUUGUUAAUGAAAAGAUGAAAACGAAAACCUUUUAUAUUGUAUCAUGACUGAAUAUAUACCUAUAGAAAAAAUUAUUAAUUUGAAUAAUACAACAAAUGCCGUGAAUGAAGAACAACAUAUUAGUAUUGCAGAAAACAAUAUAGAAAAUAAAGAAAUGGUAAAAGUACACUGCUGUCGCUGUCGACCUGAUUGGUUUGUAAAAGAUGGACUUGGCAUUACAUGCUCUGGAAUGACUUAUGGGUUAAUUUUAUUUGCAGAAUUUGUUGUUAUUGGCGUUAUAUUACUUCCUGGUUUUCCUUUAUCUGUUUGGAGUUAUGUACAUGCCUUAGUUUUUACAACUUUAGCAUUCUUAGCUGCUUCAUCUCAUCUCCGAGCUAUGACAACUAACCCAGGUACUAUCCCAAAAGGCAAUUUUACAGAUGAAAAUGUGAGAAAUUUGGGAUUGAAAGCAGGUGAUGUUGUUGUCAGGUGUACUCGUUGUGAAUGCAUCAAAUCCGACAGAGCGCAUCACUGUAGUACAUGCCAACGAUGCAUUCGAAAAAUGGACCAUCAUUGCCCAUGGAUCAACAAUUGCGUUGGCGAAUUCAAUCAAAAAUUUUUUGUUCUAUUUACUUUCUAUAUCAUGUUAAUAUCAGGUUAUGCAAUGGCGCUUGCAGUUCAUUACAUUUUUAAGUGCUCAGAUAAAGAUUGGAAAGGUUGUGCAUAUUUCGCUCCAGCCACGACCAUCAUAUUUAUAGUGUUUCUAAUAUUUGAGGGGCUAUUGUUUGGUUUGUUUACGCUUGUUAUGUUUUGUACUCAGAUGAGUUCAGUGGUCAAUGAUGAAACGGGUAUUGAGCAGUUAAAGAAGCAAUCUGUAGAAAAGGACGGAACCUGGAAAGAUCGUAUGAGAAACACGUUCGGUGGUACGUUUGGCGUCACUUGGUUUUCUCCGUUCUCUUCCAACGCUCAGGCUCGCAAACGAAGUGAAUAUUCUUAUUUCGAUGUGUAACGAAAUUUAGUUUCACGAUUCUGCUAUACCCUCCAAACGUAAUUUUUUUUUACUUUUUAUAUAUUUACGUUAAAGAGUACGGCUUUAGUAUGAUCUGUUCUAGCUUAAGAUCCGCAAAUGCCCUGUAUUUGUCUUCUCUACACUAUCACAACUCGACGCAAUUAGGGCGUUUCAACAGUGACGUCAUUAGGGCGUUUUUACAGUCACGUCAUUAGGGCGUUUUAACUGUCACGUCAUUAGGGCGUUUUAACUGUGAUACCAUUAAGACGUUCCGACAUGUUUUUUUGAAAAGCCCUUUAUUUUCAUACUAAUUUAGGAGUAGUUUUUAUUGCACUGGAGAAGGUUAUUUUUUGGUGUAGCUUUGAGAAUUUGAGCUGUUUAAUGUCCCAACCAAUUGAUUUUACUUUUUUAACAUCACGUUCAACCCCCCUCCCUUUAUGUUUAUGACUUUUUACUGACAUUUGAAGCGGAAAAUUGUUGUUCAAACUGCCAGGUUGUUGUAUUACAUGUCAACUCAGCACAAAUGACUUCAAAUGAAGUUGACAGUUGAAUCUGCAGUGUGUUCGAAAUAAUGUUAUUGAUUUUUUAAUUUUUUAAACCAAAUAUUUCCAACUUGUUACCGUCACGUGACGUCAGAAAUUUCUUAACAUAAUUCAAUCCAAUUAUUACGCGUGUUUCUUUCACUAGUGUGUUAUAUAUAUCCGAGUUAUUAUUUUGAAAAAAUUCUGUAAUUUCUACGCUCGUACGUGGUUAAACCUAUUUUUAAAAAAAAAUAAAAGCCUCUACAAUUUGCUCCCAAGGACCAGACCACAGGGGACUUGGAGACAAUACUGGCUCUGUGAUAUUUUUCUCUGUUUGGCACAACAAUCAAUAUUUUGUCUCAACACUAUUAGGUGAUUGGUUUUUAAUUUUUAUUUAUAAGUUUUUUUUUGUUGUUGUUUUUUUCUACAUUGUUUAUAUAUGUAUAAAUAUGUGUUUCUCAAAAUUAACAAGCAUAUACAAAAUGCAGUACAAAGUA